AUGCCAUUUCAGCAGUGCAACGUAAAGCUCUCAGUUAGUCCAUCCAGAGGCCUGGUGGAUGAGAAGUUGGUCAUUCUGGUGCAGAGUGCGCUUCCUGGAGCCAGGCUUACUCUCCGUGCCUUCCACCACUGUGAGGAUGGACAUGAAUGGGAAGCCUUCGCUCACUACCUGACAGACACUUCAGGCUCCAUCAACAUAUCUGAGGAUCCCAGCCUGGGGGGGACAUACUUUGGGGUGGAACAGAUGGGUCUUCUUUGGAGCAUCAGACCAGUUCCAGGCAGCCAACCUGGGCUUAGGAUGAGAAAGAAGAACGUGGAGACCCCCAUGGAGUUUACCAUCUCCGUUUAUCAGGACCACCUCACUGAAUUCAAGGAUCAAGUUUUGUUGGCAUCCCAGCUAGUGGAACGCUGGUACAUGGCGCCCGGGGUACUCAGGACCCCCAUCACAGACCACGGGCUCACGGCGACCCUCUUCCUGCCUUCAGGUCCUGGACCAUUCCCUGCUGUGCUGGACCUGUGGGGUGGUGGAGGCCAACUGGUGGAGUAUCGAGCAUCUCUGCUCGCCUCACGUGGUUUUGCCUCGCUGGCUCUAGACUACCUGACUCCAAAUAUCACUGUAAAGACUGGCAAGAUGGUUGACAACACUUAUUUUGAGAAAGCCUUCACAUUCCUGCAGCAGCACCCCAGGGUGAUGGCCGAGCGUGUGGCCAUGUUGGGUCUCUCCUUUGGAGUCAGUGUCACACUCAAGAUGGCCGCUUACUCACACAUCCUAAAGCCCAAGUGUGCAGUGUGCAUUAGUGGAAGUCACGUGCAGCCAGUGGAAGGAACUAUGGUGGACAUUUUAUCUUACUUUGAUCGGAUCGGGUACAAGGCUCAACUGAAUGACAAGAACCAGGCCAUCAUGAGAAACCUGCUUCUACCAAUCCCAACUGACCCUGCAUACAAAGUAGAUAUGGGAUGUGUGAAGUGUCCACUGCUGUUGGUUGUGGGUGAGGAUGACCAGAACUGGCCUGCCUGUGAGUCUGCUGCAGAUAUGAAGGAGAUGAUGGUGCGUGCUGGAAAUGACCACCUGCUGACAAUCCUGUCUUAUCCUAACGCUGGACAUUUGCUGGAGCCUCCGUACUCACCACACACCAGAGUCAGCUCAUUCAGAUCUGUAGGCACCCGGGAAAAGAUCACAGCCCUGUGGGGAGGUGAGUGUGUGGCACAUUCAGUGGCUCAAGAGGACGCCUGGAAAAAGACCUUGGGCUUCCUGCGCCACCAUUUGUAUGCCUGA